GAUUUGGCCCUUUUGGAGAACACACCGUGAAUGCCAGCUGGAUUGCAGUCCAGAACUUGGCGUCAGUGGAGUUGCGCUUGGGUCCGGUGCCUUUGGCGCAGCGCAGUGUCUGCGGGAUCCGACUAUGGGGUUGCCGGGAGCUGUCCUUGGUGUGUUUUAGUUGACCUGGAUAAGACAGACUUGGCAAUGAAAAGGUGCCCCGUUGCAUGCGUCCAAUCUAUCCCGCACGAAAAUAUGGCUCGGAGUGUUCUUGGUGUGAUCCAGACAUGAGAAAACUGAGGCACAGAGCAGGUGAAUGACUUGCCCAAGGUCACCCAGCCAGUGAGUGGUAGGAAGAAGGAACAAACGUGGUCACCUGGCUCUGGAGGCUAUGCCCCUGACUCCUACCCUCCACCAUCCAUGCAGAGCUGGAGAAGCUCGGGCUUGGUGACAGCGUGGACCUGCACGUGUAUGAGAUUCCAGUCGAGUAUAAGACAGUCCAGAGGCUCAUCCCUGCCCUGUGGGAGAAGCACAGCCCACAGGUGAGUGGGGCGAAGGCAGGUGCUCCCUCAUCAGGACCUGCAGCUCGUGGUGCAUGUGGGGGUGUCGGGCAUGGCGACCACGGUCACGCUGGAGAAGUGCGGGCAUAACAAGGGCUACAAGGGGCUGGACAACUGCCGCUUCUGCCCCGGCUCCCAGUGCUGCGUGGAGGACGGCCCGGAAAGCAUUGACUCCAUCAUCGACAUGGACGCUGUCUGUAAGAGGGUCACUACGCUGGGCCUGGACGUGUCCGUGACCAUCUCACAAGAUGCGGGCAGGUACCUCUGUGACUUCACCUACUACACCUCGCUGUACCAGAGUCACGGCCGCUCAGCCUUUGUUCACGUGCCUCCACUGGGCAAGCCCUACAACGCAGACCAGCUGGGCAGGGCGCUGCGGGCCAUCAUCGAGGAAAUGCUGGACGUCCUGGAGCAGUCAGAAGGCAAAAUCAACUGUCGCCACAAACACUGAGGGCCUCUCAGGCCUCCCAAGACCUCGUCCCACUAGGGACCCCGGGAGGGAUGUCCGCCCUCCGGGGGCCUGGCCAAGAAGGAUAAGCCUGUCAGCUGGGGAUCUGAUUUGGAUCAAUAUUCCGACUUACACACUUCCUGUCCCUUCUUCUCCGCAAAAGGGCUGGUCACUUUGAAGGAGGUGGCUGAAGAUUUUUUUUCUCUAUUUCCCUUUGCCUCUGGGGACACAGCCACAAUGGCUGGGAAGCUGGUGGGUCCCAGUCUCCACAGGGAAUCCUGGUCGAGUGGAUCUCCGCUCUUGAUCCCACAGCUGGGGCCACCUGCUCACCUGCUUUUCUAAGUCUCUGGUGAAGGGAUUCCAUCCAGGACUGGUUUUUCCCAAACUUAAAAACUCCUUGAAAAGUCUUUGCCCUGAUCCGUGUCCCAACAGCCAGGACAACCCCAGAAAGGGCUGCCUUGGGAUGUGACGGGGGCUUUCUUCCCCCCUCUCUUUCUUAUUCUCUUUUUUAAAAACAAUAGUGCUAGUUUGGGCACAGAGGAAUUUAUGUUCCCUUUGGUUAAAACUCGGGCUUUUGCUGACAACAGAGUGUCUUUUCUUUUUCCUGGGAUGUAGCCCCUUCUGCCUCUUCCUCUGAAAACUGGACCCGCAUCUUUGUGUCGGAGCUGACAUCAAGUUCCCUUUCCUCAGGGCAGGCAGGCCCUUGGCCAGGCCAUGGUGGGGUGGGAGCCGCUGCCCCAGGUGGUUAAAAAGGUGGGCUGACCCUUUCGGAGCCAGAGCUGUGAGCUGUACCCAUGGGGACUCUGGAGCAGGGGUGGGAAAACAGCCCAUGUCAUUUCGACUUGCACAUGACUUUUUUUUUUUUUUUUUAAUAUGUAAAAAUCUGUAGCAGUUGCAAACCCACCCCACAUCUGGCCUGGAUUUUUGCAGUCUUGGUGCUGGGGACCAGCUCCUUGUUCUCCUUAAGUGGGGCGGGGGUGCCCAGAAUGGGGCCCGGGGGCUGGAGUUUGCUGAUCUCCCUGUGUGCUGGCGUGUUUGACCAGGAGGGUGGUACAGCAGCCAACGGGGCUUUUGUGUAGAUGAUUCUGGAGACGGGCCCAGGACUCAGGAGUAAAUUUUGAUCUCACUCCCUGGCAACUUUGAACUUAGCAGCCAGGGGUGAGAGUAACGUCCCCGGGAGGCCAGUGAAUUCAGCUGGACCUUCAUACCCAUCAGAGGAAACGAAUGACAGCAGCAACCAUGAAGCCAACUGAGGAAAACCCACAUUUCGGAAGUGUUCUCCUAUUUGGGGGAGAAGACAGGGGUUUUAUCAUUUCCCCAAGCGCGAGGUGUGCUGGAGUCCUGAUGCCGGGUUGGAUCAUGGCGGUGUGACCCAGCAUGCAGUUCUCUCUAAAACAGAUGAGAUUUCUGUUUUGUUUCGUUUUCUUGAACAUUUGCCUUCUUUGCCUCUUGUUCUGAUGACCAGGGGAGUUCCUGCCUCUGCUGAGUGGCUGUGUCGCUUGGGAACCAGGUUGAUGGGUUCCUGAGUUAAAUGCGUUUUCUUGGGUCCUGGGUUUUCUCUGGAGGGGAAAGUGGCUCCAGGGGGGUGACGGGGGCGGGCACUUGGCAGUGGGCGUGGCCUGUGGCUGGCAGGUUGAACUGAUUGGGGGCUGUGCUCCUCUCCCCAUUCCAGCCUGCCUCCCGCCCCUCUCAUGUCCCCAGGCUGAGAUUGUGAGAAAUCUGCCAUGUGGGAUUCCGUGAGCAGAAAUCGUGGCUCUUCUGAAUGUGGGGAGCUCAAGGCUCGGGGGCCCCCCAGAGGUCUUAUUCAGAGCAUCAGGCUUCAUCUAGCUCUGUUCCCCAAAGGUCUGAUCUGCAGGGAUGUGAGGAGGAAAUGAAUCCAGGCAAGAUGGGGAGGGAAAAGGGGGGAACCUGGAGAUAAGCCAGGUCUGCACUUAGCUGGGUACCCACUGGAACCCGGAUGCGCCAUCCCCAAACUCCACAUUUUCAUCUUUCCUUUGUCUUCAUUUUGCCUCUCUGUUUAAAGCACCGUGUGAUUCAGAAAUUUAGAGGUAUAAUUUAUUGUCUGAUCAUUGCCGAGUGUAUGUAUAUCAUUUUUGUGUUCCUGCAAUGGUUUUAGAUUUUCUUAUCAAGUCAAGCCGGAAUCCUAUCCUUGUCCAUGACGCAGAGCAUUUCGCUCAUUUUUAUUUAAUCAGACGGCCAUUAAACAUUUCACCCACUUCCCGCCAGCUUUUUUUACUUUUAUUUAUUUAUUUUUUUUAAUGUUUUUCUUUUGGGCAAACUCAUCUGUUCUCUCCACGGAAUGUCUGUCUGCAUUUGUUGGCUCUUGGACUGAAAUGUCCUCCUGUAAGAAGGGAGAACCAGGGCCUGUUCUUGCUCCCUUGUCAUUUGCAGAAUCUCAGGUGGAGGGGGUCACACAGAACGGGGCCAGGGGAUGGGUCUGUGAAGUCGGUGUAGCUUGGCAGGGUGUGGAGGGGAGAGGCGCUAACGGGUGUGUGAGCAGGUGGUCAUGGUAGAAGGAUGGGCAGAGGGAUGUGGUGCGAAGGCUGCUGGGGAAAUCUUGUAAGAAAGCAGAGUGGGGGCCUCUCCUGGGGCCCCCAUGGGGGGUGCCAGGGUGGGGGAGAGGGGCAGCAACAGUCAUCUGGGUGUCUGGUGAUGGCCUCUCCUUUAUGGUGCUGGAGUCCCUGCACCUGAUACCUUUAUUCUUCUCUCAGCCCCUUUGGCUCCCCCUUGCUCACUGAAAAGAAGGCCAGUGGCAUGGAUGUGAGCUUGUAGAUUGAAAAAGAAGGAGGAAGGAGUGGUUAGUAAGAAGGAAAGAAAGGUGGGGAAAAGCAGGAAUUUGAGUUGGUGGACUGGGCUUGUGCCACCUGGUCCAAUCAAGGAACAGCCAAGGUCCCUUGGCCACAGGGAGAGACAGGGACAGGCGGGGGACAGAAAUCAUGGCUUCCCAAGCAGCGCCAGACCUUUGCGGAAAUGUCAGAUCGAAGUCGUUUGGGCAACGAAACUCAUUUUCAGCCGCCUUGCACUUUGCUGGCACUGUGACUUCUAGAAAAGAAAGGGCCUGCUCAGGGCAAUGGCUGGAAAAGAAGAUUCAGGAUGCCUUUUUGUUGUCUUAGAAGUUUCUGCCAGGAAACCAGGCCAGCUGGUGUGUGUGUCUACCCACAUGCCUGUGUGCCCCGGGGGGGGGGCGGGGGGGCAACUGGGCCAGGGAGGGGAGCCACUCCUGGAAAUCUGCCCUCCUCACCGGCCUCUUUUCUCCUGCCACUGGCUAGACUGUUGACCUUUGACCUCUCCACCCCUUGGUGUGUUUAAACCCAAAAGUCCCCUUUGGGGAUAGCGGGACAAAGGCCCAUUCUUCUCUGUGGCCCCAGCCUCCACCCUGUGAGCACGGGAGCCUGCAGCCAGUGUGGGGCGCUGGUGGUCACGGGGGCAGAGGCCACCGCAUUCCCGGGUGGCUCCCCAUGGACACGAAUCCCACUGUAUGCCCCGGACUCUCUUGGGGAGCCGAAGAGGGCUUUUGUUUUUAUAUCCCAGAUUACAUUUCCCUUCCCCAGGCACAAGUGCCUCAUAAGGGCCUGGGGCUGCUGACUAGCAGGGAGAACAUCUCUCUUUUUGCUGUGGGGAAGCACGUUCCAGCCCUGAGCUGCUCUUCUCGCCAAAUCCAUUGCUUCCCCCGCUCUCUCCUCACUAGGCGUUGUGUUCAGCUGCCCGGAGACCCACAGAAGUGCCUGCCUCUCCAAUAAGCAUGGGACACAGAGAAAGGCGGCAAGAUGGGAAAGAGAGAAGCAAACCCCAGGCUCUGGGAAGUGGCCCUGGCUCCCCAGGGCCCAGCCCAGGGUCACCCGACCCAUUUGCUGAGCUGGGGGUCUGGGGUGAGUGGCUUCUGGGGCCCAUACACUUUGUCUCUAGGAGAUCCCAGAGAAAGCCGGUUGGGAAUUGGACUGUCUGCUCCCAAGGCCUGUGGCAUCCCCGGGUACCAAGGAAGCCACAUCGGAAUCUUGGGAAGCAGAGAUGGUUUUCUGCCCGCCCUGGGGGUCCCUGGCGUGUUUCUGGGGAUCCCUCAACAUCUCAGGUUUCUAGCUCAUCCUAAAUCUCUCUUUAGGAAAAAAACCUUUCCUACUUAAGGUAACUGUGGGCCUGUCCCCUGCACCUCGGGGUGGCCUCUCCCUGACCCCCAGAGUUCCUGUGAGUGCCUUGUCUGAAACCCUCCUGUCUGGGAGCCCAGGCUGGGGAAGGGUCUGUCGUGACUUUGCUGGGGCCUGGGCUCUGGAAGAUCCCGAACUUGACACCCCAGAAAGCAAAUAAAACAGUUGAACUAUGUGA